GAAUAAAUAUUUUUGCAUAAUGGAUUUACAAAAUCUUAUUGCAAAAAAGAGAUCAUCAUUAAAAUCGUGUAAAACUAUAAUAACAGAUCCACUUGGCAAUAAAUAUGAAGUUGAAUGUGGUCAAGUGAAAAAACUAGAAAAAAGUCUACCAUUUAUAAUAGACGAAAAACCUGAUUUGCAAAUCGCCAAUAUAAUACCAGGAUUAUAUCUCAGCUCUCAAGAUCCAGUAGUUUGUAAUGAUCUAUUAAAAAAAUACAAAAUACAACAUGUUUUGAGCAUAGGUGUUAACAUUUUUGAAAAAUAUGAUGACAUUCAUUAUUACACCUGUGACUUGUUAGACUUGCCAGAAUCGAAUAUUAUACCAUCAGCAAAGAAAUGCAUUGAUAUUAUACAUGCAAAUCAUAAAGAAAAUAUUCUUGUGCAUUGUAACGCUGGUGUUUCUCGUUCUCCCACUAUUGUUAUUGCUUAUUUAAUGAUUAUCAUGAAACUAUCAUAUGACGAAGCUUAUGAUAAAGUUAAAAGAGCCAGAAGUUGUAUUAGGCCUAAUGAUGGAUUUGUAAAACAAUUACGUAGUAUUGAAAAUACAAAGUUUGUUGAUAAAGCAUAAUAUAAUUUAAUUAAAAAGUGACAAUUUACUUAUUGUACUGUAGAGUACUUAUUGUAGUGUAUCAAGAAAAUAUUUAUUAAUCCCUUUAAUUCUCUGGCAUCUAUUUUAUAAUUGUAGGAACAAUUGUAUAUAUGUACAUAUGCAUACGUGCAUAUUUGUGAUUUAUUUAGAACUAAGAUCGGAAGGACAGAAAAAAGAUACCUGAGAAAUGAAUAAAUAGAUCAAUGAA